CAUCUGCCCAUCUGUCCAUCUGUCCAUCUGCCCAUCGCAUCUGCCCGUUUCCAUCAUGGCCGAGGAAAACAUCGCCGUCACCCGCUUCAGGGAGUAUCUCCGAGUCAACACCAUGCAGCCCAAGCCGGACUAUGCCGGCUGUGCCGCUUUCCUCAAGGGCUAUGCCGAGGAGCUUGGCCUCGAGUAUGCUGCGUACGAGCCCGUCGCUGGCAAGCCCGUUGUUGUCCUGACCUGGCGUGGCUCUGAUCCUACCCUUGGAGCCAUACUCCUCAACUCGCACACCGAUGUAGUGCCUGUCAGCCGAGCCAGAUGGACCCAGGAUCCCUUUGCCGCCACCAAGCUCCCGAAUGGCGAUAUCGUCGCUCGUGGUUCUCAAGACAUGAAGUGUGUUGGCAUUGGAUACCUCGAAGCCAUCCGCAUCCUCAAGUCGCAGGGUGUCGUCCCAGUGAGAACAGUACACUCGUCCUUCGUGCCUGACGAGGAGAUCGGAGGCACCGACGGCAUGAAGGCCUUUAUCCAAACCGCCGACUUCAAGGCCCUCAAUGUCGACUUUGCCCUGGAUGAAGGCAUCUCGCAUCCUGAUGAUGCGUACAAGGUCUUCUACAGCGAGCGCACGCCCUGGUGGAUCACGCUCACCGCCAAAGGCUCUGCCGGCCAUGGUUCCCAGUUCAUCGAGCCCAAUGCCACCGCCCGCCUGAUCCGUGUCCUCAACAAGUUCCUUGCUCUCCGCGAGUCUGAGCAGCGCCGCCUGGCCCUUGGUCUCAAGCUCGAUGGCAGCAAGUACACCCUCGGAGAUGUGACCAGCGUGAACGUCACGAUGCUCAAUGCUGGCGUUCAAGCCAAUGUUGUGCCCGAGGUGGCCAAAGCAUCCGUCGAUGUGCGUGUCGCUCCCACAGUCAACCUUGUCGAGUUCAAGAAGCUCAUCCGCGGCUGGUGCGACGAAGAAGAGAUCGAGCUUACAGGCAUGAUGCCAGAUUUCUCAGGAUCGACUGCUGCGGAUUCCUCCAACAAGUGGUGGAAUGUGCUGAGUGCCGUCGCGUCGCAGCGGUCCGUCAAGCUUGAGCCCGAGGUGUUCCCGGCCGGCACAGACUCGCGGUUCCUCCGCGCAAUCGGCCUGCCAGCUUUGGGUAUCAGCCCCAUCCGCAACACCCCGAUUCUCCUCCACGACCACGAUGAAUUCCUCAACGAGAACACCUUCCUGGAGGGCGUCUCCUUCUAUGUCGACUUGAUCAAGCAGCUUGUGCGCACACAGUGAGCGGGUGUGGAUGCGCUCCCAGCCCUGCGCUGUAGCACGGGCAUUGAUGAUGUUUGCUGCGGCAACUCUACGAACACAAUCCACCUGAACUAUCGAAGCUCGUCUCGAAGAGCGGAGUGCUCCAUUGAAUUGUCUGAUGGGGCAGCAUGCUUGUCUCGUUGGCGAGGAGAAGAGCAUCCGCUGGAGUGAGCCCCAUCACCACCUCUGCGAACACCUCCGCGAACACCUCUGAAACCGCCCACGAGACUGCCACCUGGGCUGCACCUGGGCUGCUGCGGUGCCGCGGCGAAUAACCAGAGGAGCUGCUGUCCCACCAGCAGGGAGCCAAGUGAAUAGCCCGCACGACCGAUCUGCCUCGCUGCCCCCCAGUCCAAAGGCCCCGUUCCCACACGCCUGUCCAUCCGUCCAUCUGCCCGCGCGGCUGUGUCGGACAAGCGCCCGCCC